UUUGUUGUUUUAAUGACACACACUGCCACCUUUUUCACUUUUACAACGAAUAACUUUAUUUUAUUAAAAGCAUUUAAAUUCAUCACUUACAACUGGAUGAGCCCAACAAUCUAACUUAUUCGAUUUGAUAAAUUUUCUGGAGUGAUAUUUACUGGCACAGACCGUCAAUCAUUUCCUUGGUGUCUACACAGUUUUGUUUAAUUUUUUUUUUCCAACCAUGGCAAACAAUAGUUGUAUGUUUUCUUAUGAAAAUUUACAAAAGAUGUCUGAGAAACUGGCUGACCCUAAGUCCCUCUUUAGAGUCUCAAUCCAACUUGGUUUGGAUUUUCUUGCUAUCAAGACUAUGGAAGAGUUCUUUCUCUGCUCUGAUAAGGUCCGUUUAAUACCUGUAUUCGCCUUCGCUGCUUUCAUCGAUACCCGCGGUAAAUGUUCAGAUAAAAGUAUCUUGGAUGAAAUCAAGAAAAGGCUCGAACCUUGCGUGAAGAACGAAAAAGAAGAAACUAGCAUAGGACAUUUGCUCGAAAACUGGAGGACAUGGGAAGACAAGGUUAAGACUUACCCAAAUGAACAUGACCACAAAAUUCGCGAAAAAACUUUCUGUCAAUGGGAACUGUACAAGGACCCCUUUCAAAUUACAAACGAAAUGAUUUUACAUAUUGGAGAGCUUUUUGAAAAAAAUAACUUUCCACCUCAGGAUGUCGCGCGUUGGCUAGGAAUUCCUUAUUACUUCUACAUAAUCGAUCAUAAAUAUCCUUGCCCCGAAAGUGAUGAGAAACAAGGAAUUGUAGAUAGGUUUGACUGGCGCAAGAGGCUUGAGGUUUUAUUCAAAGGUCGGGAAAACCAUCAUACCGAUGGAAAGAAUUUCCUCAAAGCUCUAAAGCUUACUACUAUUCCGGAGAAUUUAAACGAGUCAAAUAUAAGAAUUCGUGAUAUAAACAAAAAGUAUAGAGAACAUGAGAUAUGGAAGGAUUCUAUUGGUAAUUCAGCAAAGGGGUAGACAUUUGACUUUGUCGCCUUAUUUAAUACUUAUGGUAAGUCAGGAGGAGAAAUCUUGUUUCUUUUCGCACCGGUGUCUCCCAUCUUGUUACGCCUCUGAUAUGGAUUGUUCUUAAUAAUUGUAAAUGUAUUUGCAUAAUUAUGUGUGAGGUUCGGAAAAGAUGUCCCUAUUUUGGGGGGUAAAGAAAAAGGUAUGUUUUUCUUUUUUUCCCACCUUAGGUUUUUAAUAUUCUGGUAAUUGUGAUUCUGAAUUUUGUUUUUUAUGAUGAAUUUUAAUGUUUGACAUUUAAUUUUUUCCCCUUACUCCUAUAACCUUUUUCUUUCCCCAUACGGUAGGGACAUCUAAUUUGAGAACUCGGUACUGUCUGUUUUAGGCCAUGCGACCAAUAUAUUAUGUUUACACAUCAUGUACUUUGUGAAAAAGUUGAUUUUCAAUUUUCCUUGGACAUUUUUUUCAUUUGAAUGGAUUUAUUUUUGUAAAAAAACUAUUAAGAAAAUAUUGAACAUCAUUAUCCAUCUCCAAAAUAAAUAAAACCUUUUAACAAAGUGUU